ACAUGGUCAUGACAUCAUCAAAGGUCCUUUUGCACAAAGGUUGUAGCUGAUACGAUAUAGUGAAGGAGAAUGAGGAGCUGAAUUGUGUUUAUCUUUACACCUCUUUGCUUUACGGCACUGGCCCCAGAGACGUCCAGUUUUCCUGCAUGCUUUGUGUAACCUGAUGAAGAUGACCGAAGUUGAUAUGAAUUGCCAUCAUAUGUCUGCAAGUCCGGGAUAAUGCAACGUGUCAACAAGAAUGUGGUGCUGGCUGUGCUGACAGCUGCAAGUACCUUAUUUCUUCUGUUUCAGCUGUAUUACUACCGAUACUACAUAUCUACAAAGAAUGGCCCUGCUUUCUCCAAAUUGAAAGGAAGUUUAUCUUCACAAGACAGUACACAUUGGCGAGUGGUUAAGACUUUUAUGAAUCUGGUUUCCAAACACAAUGUACCAGUUUUUCUAGUGGAUUCUCAGAUUUUGGGACUUCUAAACAAGGAUUUAGAACAGCUGAAGAGCUCACCAGACAGUCUGCCACCUGGAUGCCAAUAUUUGUGCAAGCAGAGAGACAUCACAAUUUUUGGACUGCUAGACAAGAUUUGGGAACAUAAAAGCAACAUUUUUCGGGCUGCAGAGAAAUUGGGAUUUCAGUGGCAGAAAUACGAUGGAAGAGAUCCACGACUGGAAGGGAUAGAUGAUCUCUCAGGCACAGAAAUACCUCUACAUUUUAUAUUCAAGAUGGCAGCUCACACUAUACAUGUAGUAGUGUUUUAUGAAAGGAGUGGCAACUACCUCUGGCAUGGCCCUUUACGACUAAAGAGAAAUAUGGACAGAAAGUUUGCACCUUUCCGAAAGCUUCAGUUUGGCCGAUAUGCUGGAGCCUAUAGUAGAGCUGAUACGGUCCGAAUUACUGUAGAUGGAUUAAAGGUGAAAAUCCCAAGAGACCCCUCAUCCUUUUUAUCUGAGGUUUCGCAUUCAAGGUUUUUAGAGUGCCGCUACAAAGAAGCUCGGUCAUUUUUUAAGCUCUAUCCUGACGACACUUCACUGGAAGGGAUUGAAUUUAGAAAGAAAGCCAAAGCACUGUUACACCUGGCAGCUUCAACUUUGGAUUCAUUGGGUGUGAGCUUUUGGAUCAGCAGUGGGACAUGUUUAGGUUGGUAUCGGCAGUGCAACAUUAUUCCAUACAGUAAAGAUGUGGAUUUAGGGAUCUUUAUACAGAACUACAAGCCUGAUCUAGUUCCAGCAUUUCAGAAGGCCGGACUCCCUCUGAAGCACAAAUUUGGCAAGGUAGAAGAUAGCUUGGAACUCUCUUUUUUAGGAAGUGAUGAUGUAAAACUUGACAUUUUUUUCUUCUAUGAAGAAGAGGAUUAUAUGUGGAAUGGGGGCACACAAGCCAAAAGUGGCAAGAAAUUUAAAUACUUGUUUCCAAAAUUUACACUUUGCUGGACAGAGUUUUUGGAGCUUAAGGUUCAAGUACCUUGCGAAACUGUAGAUUAUAUCGAAGCAAAUUAUGGGAAGAACUGGGAUGUACCUCUCAAAGUUUGGGACUGGAAAAACUCCCCCUCCAAUGUUCAUCCCAAUGGAGUGUGGCCUAUAGAUGAGUGGGAUGAAGUCAUUCAGUUAUUUUAAGCAAAAUGUGAAAAUGUAUAAUAUCAGAUACACUGGAACCUUAUUUUUAGUAUAUUACAGAACCUGGUUUGUACUCUGCACUGGCAUCUGACUUGAUAAUAUUAGUUACUGUUUUGCUAAAUAGUUGAAACUCCUAACAACUCUCACAUAGCAAUGUAGAAAUGAUACUAUCUUUAAUAUAUUAAAGUAAACCUGUCCCUAGUUUCUUGCUGUCCAGUCCAGGCUCCCUUAUUACAAUGCUGUAUAUGGGGCUGUUCAUAGUGAAUUGUACAACCUGGUGAUAAGGCUGCCCAUCUCUGGUUUGGAGGGCAUGACACUAGUGACAGCUUUCCUUAUAAAAUAUCCAUCAUGUAAUUGGUCACUACUGGAUUAUAAAACACUCUGAAUUAUCAGAUGGGUACAGCAGUCAAUAUUUAUUAUUGUUAGAAUAUAUAUUUUCCAGUUCAAACAAAUAAACAUUAGAAAUCAUUUUAGGACACAAUGUUUUUUCAAUCAAAGAGGCUUCUGAUUAUUUAACUGUUCAGUCUACUUUGAUCUGGAGGAUCAGACAGCUUUAUGCUACUCAAUCGGAAUUGCCAGAAUUUCGGAAGGUUAGAAUAAAGGAAUUAUACAGUAUGAUGCAGCCCUAUAUGUUUACGGGGGCUAAGGAAUGUGAAUUCGAACAAGGGGAAGUCUAUUGAAAGUAUUAGAAGAAGCAGAAUCUCGCCUCUUCAGACUCAAUUAGACGAACAAGAAGUUAGUACAUCUAGAGAAUGUAUACAUAAUAUUUAUGCACAGUAGAAUUCCUUUAUUCUGGCAUCUGGAAAGUAUGAUAAUUUAGUACGUGCUUCCAAUACAAAACUGCAAGAUAACGAAAAAUGUCAUUAGACCAGACUUAAUGGAGAGAAAAUACACACUUUUGCAACUACUUUUAAUUGCUAUUAUGUAGGUAAAGUAUAACAUUAAGCAAGCAAAAAUACCUUACUGUUUUGUGAAUACAACGCCUGCGCUGAUGUGUGUUUCCAUCUACAAAAAAUGUAUGUUCUUGUUCUGCAGUCAUGUGUCACUCUACUACUUGUAUCCCAUAUUCCUAUUAGCCUACAAAAAGUAAAGUCGGGGGAGGAGUACCACUUUUGUUGUUUGUCUGUAGCCACAGAGUCACACAAGUCUGCAUAGGAGCUGUGAACAUAACUUUGUUGUGAGUUAUUAAGACUAUUUGCAGAGUUGCUUAAAGGGGUUAUCCAUUGUAUUGUAGAAACUAAUAUGGUGCUGGGACAGGGGGAAAAUAGGAAAAUAGACAAAAAAAAAAUAGUUAUCUAGCCUCAGUCCCCCGCAGCUUAUGUUCCCUCUGUUUGGUUCCCCGGUCUAAGGACUUGCCAGCUUAGCCAAUCACUGGUCUCGCCAGUGAUUGGCUGAGUUGGCAGGUCCUGCAUUGAGUGCUUGCCUUGGGACAGGAACAAGAAAGAAGACUGGGGGACCAUAUGGAGGCGAA